AUGAUGGCCAUGGUUCGUCAUCUGCUGUGCUGCAGAGGAAUGACGCUGAGCAAAAAGUUGCUGGUUUUCCUCCUCCUCCUCUCCGGCAUUUUCUUGGCUGUCCUGGCUACAGCUGUAGCUUUCCAUCCAGAGAUGCACUCGGCGAAUGUGCAGUCGCGUUGGAUGGUCGUGCUGAUUUACCCAGUGGCGAUAACAGCAUUCUCGGGGGCUGCAUGCAUCGCGAUUGACAACUAUGACGAGCAUCGGGAGGUGGAAGUGACUGAUUGGGCUGAGCCUGCGCAAUCUGCAGCUCAGAAGGUGGUGCGCCGUAUUUGGGCAUCUGAGCUUUUCGGCAAGUUGGAGACAUCUCGCCUGGAGUUCUUCAGCCACUUCGCGCAGAGAGGUCCUCCCGUCGAGUGGGCCUCCGCGUCACCUGCGCCCUGGGUGUGCACUACUCCGGUAUUAGUCAAGACUUGCCUGUGCUGCUUGGACGACUUCGAGGACACUAGCCAGGUUGCAAUCCUUCCCUGUGGCCACGUAUUUCAUGAUGCUUGUAUCCAGGCUUGGUCCUUGUCGCUGGCAGAAGCCGCAAGCUCGUGCCCUGCAUGCCGAGCCCACUUCCACACCACGAUGCCUGUGUAG